UAAUGUUGGUAUUUAAAAUUUGGUCCAUCUCGUCACUCUCGCCCACUACACCCACUCUCUUUCUCUACAACUCCGCCGCAGAGCUGCCAUGGCCGACGGCGAUCCACCACUCCAAAAUCUCCAGAAACUUCCAUUGAAAUCCCGCCUCCUCCUCCGCCUACGCUCCGUCAUCGUUGAAAAAUGUUGCCGCCCCAACAUGACCGUCAAUCGCCCUCUCAUUUCUCUUUUCGAGCCCAAAGUCUCCGCUUCCUCUGCCGCUCACGACGGCGUCUUCACUCGCGACACCGUCAUCGAUCCCUCUCGUAACCUCUGGUUUCGCCUCUUCGUCCCUUCCCCCACUUCCGACGACCUCCCCAUGCCCAUCCUCAUCUACUUUCACGGCGGCGGUUUCGUCUUCUUCUCUUCUGAUUUCCUUCCCUUCGAUAUUCUCUGUCGCCAACUCGCGCGUAACCUCCAAGCAAUCGUUGUAUCUGUCAAUUACCGCCUCUCUCCCGAGCACCGCUAUCCUUCUCAGUACGAGGACGAAUUUGACGCUUUGAAGUUCAUCGACGAAUUGGAUUCAAGUGCUUUUCCGGAGAAAUCUGAUUUCGGCCGCUGUUUUAUUUCUGGAGAUAGCGCCGGCGGAAACAUAGCGCACCACGUCGUAGUCAGAUCUGGCGAUUACGACUUCAAGAAGGUGAAGAUCAGAGGCUUGAUCGCGAUUCAACCGUUCUUCGGUGGAGAGGAGCGGACCGAAUCGGAGAUCCGAUUCGCAAAGUCGCCUACGUUGAAUUUGGAGCGGGCUGAUUGGUACUGGAAGGCGUUUUUGCCUGAUGGAUCGAACAGAAAACAUCCGGCGGCGCACGUGUUUGGAGCGGACGGUGUAAACAUUUCGGCCGUGAAGUUUCCGGCGACGCUUGUGAUCGUAGGAGGAUGUGAUCAGUUGCAAGAUUGGGAUAGAAAAUACUAUGAGUGGCUGAAGAACGCCGGAAAAGAAGUGGAAUUAGUCGAAUAUCCGAAGGCGAUUCAUGCAUUUUACACCAUUCCUGAACUGCCGGAAGCUUCGUUGCUGAUUAAAGAUGUUAAGAAUUUCAUUCAGAAAACAGUCAGCAACGUAAAUCAUCAAUGAAACUCAACUCAACUCAAUUUCAACUUCCAUUGUGAGACUGGUUCUUCUUAAUUCUUAACUUGUUCAAUUCUAGUCAUGUUUAAUUUUAGUAUUUAAUUCUGUUUCAUCCUCAUAGAAUAUUAAUUAUUCCUAUUAUUAUUAUUAUUUU